CUCACUGCUGCUCGAUCACGCUGUUUUCUGACCGCAACGAUCAAUUGCCCAUUUUGAUUCCGCAGGAAAUCCAUAAGAGCUAGUGAUUUUUAGCUUUGGUCUGUGAGAUCUUGAAUCUCAUCCAUAUGUAGCUUGGGGAAUACGCCCAUUCUUAGGCAGUUUUUAUUCAUUUUUCUAUGUUGUUUAGUCAAAAUAGCUAAGGGCAUUAGUAUAACUAUUUUCCCCUUUUUUAUCUUGUUUAUCUCUAGUAUGAUGCUAAUUACCACUUGUUUAUAUCUAGUAUGAUGCUAAUUACCACUUGUGCAAUUUUUGAGAGCCAUAGUGCCAAAAGCCUCUAGAAGUAUGUUAUCGCCUUUGAUUUAUCUUUAAUAUGUUGUUACUGAUCAUUUGCAAUAUCUUCAAGGGUAAUUGUAUUACUAUUCCUUUUCAAUUUAACAUUCGUCAUAAAAUGAUUAGCUUGCAAAUGCAUUUGUGGUUAUCCAUUAAUAGUUUAGUACAACUUUUGUACAUAUAUUUUUGGUAGCUCAUAUUUUUAAAGAAUAAUCUAUUCAAGUUACUAAAUCGAAAUCUUAGUUGCCUGUUAAUAAUUAAAUAUUUCAUCAUUGCAAUCUUCAUCCUCACCUGAGUCUAUAUGUUUUUUCCUCAAUAGAAACCCAAACUUAGAUGUUAGAGUUUAUCUAGCAAUGCUUAACAACUAAGGAUUUUUUUUUUUAGAACUACUUAUAUUUAACUAGCAAUAUUGACAUGAGUAGAGUUCACAAAAAAGAGUAAUGUUGCCUUAUCAAAAUUAUCUAAAAGUUAAUUUUUGGUGCACUGGUUAUGCUUUUUAAUUUGUCCAUUUGCUUGUCCUUUAGUGUUUCUCGGUAGUUUUCAAGGAAAAAAACCUCUAUCAAGUUCAUGACAUUGAUACAAGUUUUUUUCUUCGCAUUAGUUGUUUAGCCAAGAUGAAGAAAUGUCCUAUGUGAUAUGAGUUUGCUUCGAGCCAAUUUCUUCUAUAGGAUAAGAAUUCCUAAUUAUCAGAAAUGAAUUCUCAAGGAUUCAAAUUUCAAAUCUUCUGUUAGAGUUUUAGUGGGAAAAAGAGAAUCAAAAUUUCAUUUCUUGUGGACUUGUGGAACGUAGAUCUAUUUGAUUUUGAAUUCUUGAACACAAAUCUGAUCAAUUCUAUAGCAUUUUUGAAUCUCAAUUUUGUAUGAAAAUUGAAUUCUAAUUCCCACUUAUUUGUUUCCCCAAUACAUGAUUCUAGUAAAUUUAUACUAGACCUGGGAAUAGGGGACUAGGGGGGUGGUUCAAACCAGCCUAUAACGCAGUUGAUCUUCUCAGUUUGUGAUGAAGGUUAAUCAUUAAGUUAGAAGUCCUUGAUGAAACCUCUAAAACUAGCAAGUCAACUGGGUUAUAAGCUUGUUGAUCAUCUGCUGCAUUGUGUGUCUAUUGAUCCAUCCCUUCAUCAGGAGAGGUUCCCUUAGCGAUCGGCAGACGGGGAAUGAAUGUUGCAAGAUGAUAUCAUUGUUCAGAGCCUGCUUAUCGUCAUCACCAGUGGUAGCAGGUUAUCGCGAAACAUCUCACGGUUGAAGUAGAUUUAGUGAAAGGGAUUAAACUCAAUGUUGUAAACAUUCUUCCCCAACAUGAAACAGGAAAGUAAACUUUUGAACAGACCGAUGGGCCAGUUGGCUUUCUCGGGCUGGGCAGACAUGGUAGAUUGAUCGCAUUGUACAUUUGUACCAUGUACUGACUGAGCAAAAUGUCUGCUUUACCAUUAGCAACUGCUGAAGCAUGCGAUGCCAAUGUACAUUUAAUCCUGAACGGCGAGCUCCGGGCCCUCCAACCAAUCUUCCAAAUCUAUGGCCGGAGGCAGGUCUUCUCCGGUCCCAUCGUCACUCUCAAGGUCUUUGAGGACAAUGUCCUCAUCCGUGAGUUCCUCGAGGAGAGAGGCAACGGCCGUGUUCUCGUUGUCGACGGAGGAGCAAGCAUGCGUUGCGCCAUCUUGGGAGGUAACCCGGUUCAGCAGGCACAGAACAACGGCUGGGCCGGUAUCGUGGUCAACGGUUGCAUCAGGGAUGUGGACGAGAUCAACGGGUGCGACAUCGGUGUGAGGGCCUUGGGCUCUCACCCCAUGAAAGCAAACAAAAAGGGAUUCGGGGAGAGGCACGCAGCGGUUAACAUCGCCGGGACGAGGAUCUGUGACGGCGAGUGGCUCUACGCAGACAGUGAUGGCAUUUUGAUUUCCAGGACUGAAAUCUCUAUAUGAAAUCCUCUGAUGGAUCAUGAAUGCUGCUGCAUCGUGUAAACCACUUUGGAUCAGUUUGAGCUACAACUUCUUAUGUUGUCUUCUUGAUGUAUAUAACACCGCAGUGAUUUAAAGGCAUGUGGGACUCAUUUGGAGAUUUCAUUACAUCUGGAAGAACAAUAAUGUAAUGAGUGUGAUUUGGGUUUUUAAGUUA